AUGCCGCGCCCGCCCUCCAACUCACUGGAGCUCGACGACGGUGCAAGCGAAGCGGCCGAAGAAUUGCCGACGCCGCAGUGCUGGUCCCAGGAGCCGUCCACCAGCGUCCGACGGCGGCGGCGACGACGGUGGCCGACGUCUGUCCUCGCGCGCCUCGCGGCCGGCACCGUCGCGGCAUCACUGGCGUACGCUGGCCACAGCAAAUUCAAGCGCUCCGACCUCUACGGCGUCGCGGACCGAUCAAAGUGGCGUUCCUGCGCCGGCUACGACCAGCGCGACUUCGCCGCCGUCGCCGCGGCCACCGUCGGCUUCCCGGUCGCGUGGUUUUGUUUCGCCGGCGCGGGGAGCGCCGCGGCGCGGCUCGGGUCACUGCCCCUAUUAAUGGCGCUCGCCGCGGGAGCACUAAUUACGGUCGCGCUCGCGUAUCGCGACGCUUCAGCAAUCUUACGGUGCGGCGUGCUCUGGUGCGACGCCGCAGUCCAUAACGAAGCGUCGAACUACGCCACCACCGUCGCCCUCAUGCUCUUGAUAGGCGGUUUGGCAGCAUUCCUACUCUUCGCCGGCCUCGCCCUCCGCGUCGCGCGGCGGCGGUCAACACCCACAACAACCUUAACGGAGCCGCUCCUCGACGACGCGGAGGCGGGACCACCGGAGCCACUUCCCACAAAAGCGCCCAACACCAUAGCGUGGACGGUCUCACUGAUAGUUGUAUUAGCUUUACUAUUGCUCCUCACGUCGAUACUCCCGAACUCGUGGCAGGGCUUUACUUCAGCGGGCAUCGCCAAAUACCGACGGACGGGCGCCGGUGCGAUGGUCGACCAGUGGACGCCCGCCGCGCCCGAAGGGAAGCAUGCAUGGUUCCACACCGCCUUCUACCAAAUAAACGCGCGCCUGACGCUUAAGGUGUACCCCGACGUGGUCCUGUACUACGCCUUCCUGGCGGCCCUGGCUGUGAUAGCGUGCGCGGGGCGCGUCUCCCCGAGAGUCGGGAGGCUGCUCCGGCGGCGGCUGCGUAUGGGGUCCGUCGGCGAAUGCGUCGCCCUGGGCCUCUUCGCGCUGCUCCUGGUCUUGGAAGGGCGUUAUGCGUUUGUUGACCACCAGUACGCCUCGGACCCGACGAAGGGACGGUGGGAGGUCGUCGCGCGAGGUUUUGGCCAGUUUGCGAACCUCGGUCUGGCGCUGCUCUUGCUACCCGUGGCGCGAACCUCGAUAAUAGCCGAGGCCUUCGGCCUGGCCUGGGAGCAGCUGCUGUGGGUCCACAUCUGGGUCGGCUACGCGACGUUAUUGUUAUUCGUUGUCCACGCCUUGUGCUGGUACAAAGUCUACGCAGCGCUCCACAUUUUUCCCGAAGACGUCCUGGAGAUACCGAUGUACUACCCCACGAACGGCCAGCCCAAGUCCGCGGGACGGUGCUCCGACGACUGGACCGUGCCGCUCGCGACCAUCACGACGUUCCUCGCUUUGAUAUUCCUCGGCGUCCUCUCGCACCACCAGGUCCGCCGCAACCACUUCGAGGUGUUUUAUUAUACGCACCACUUCUUUAUCGCGGUCUACGCCGUCGCGCUGUGGCACGCCGCGUCCUGCUGGUAUCUUGUUGUUGGUAGUUUAGUGCACGCGUGUGCCGAUCGCAUGGCGCGCUUAAGUGAAGCUGGUCGGAGGUGGCGCGUCGUGGCACUGGAGCCCUGCUUCGACGGCGUCGUCCACUUGGAGCUAGCCUUACGGGACGGCGCGUUCGCCUUCGAGGCGGGCCAGUACUGCUUUUUGCGAGUCGGUCGCAUCUCCGACCUGGAGUGGCACCCCUUCACCUUGUCCGGGGCGCCGUCGGACCGACGGAUCCAGUUCGAUAUAAAGGCGAUGGGUGCCGAGGGCACGUUCGCGGCGCGGCUGCUGCGCUUGGCCGAGGACCGCGUUGACGCGAAGACGCUCGACGUCGCCGUCGAGGGCCCCUACGGCUGCGCGCCUUCGUAUACACAGUACGACGCCGUGCUCCUCGUCGCGGGCGGCAUCGGCGUGACGCCGUGUCACUCCAUCUUCCGGGAACUGUACAUCCGCGCGGCGGCGGGGCGCAACGGGCCCGCUGUCAAGUUAUUGUGGGUCGCGCGGCACCGCCGGUGCUUCGAGCUUUUUGGGACGACCCUACGCGCCGCGGUGGGCGACGACGCCUUCCGCCUCGCGCUCUACGUCGACGGCGAGAAGCCUCGCGACGCCUGGGGCGAGGCCGACGCGCAUCAAGGAAUCCCCUUCACGCACGGCCGGCCGGACGUUAAGCGAGCCGUCGCGGACCUCGCGGCAUGUUCGUCGCCGUACGUCUUCGUCUGCGGGCCGCCGGGGCUCUCCGCGGCGUGCGCGGCGGCCGCGCUCGAGCACGACGUGGCUUUUCAUUCGGAGGUGUUCGCCUUUUAA